UUCUCUUCUCUUUCACUGCCUGUAUAUUUGUUUGUCUUACUUCAUGCGGCGUCACAUUUCAGUCCCAGAUUCUUGGGAUUCUGACACCUGACUGAAGGGCUUUUGAAGGGUCUCAAAUGUCACAUAGCAAUCCCCUCCAGCAUCUCCUCCCUAACCCACAUCAAUCCCCGACUGCACACCCGAGCCCUCGGUUCUUAUCACUGGCCACUCGCUCCCUGACGUCCACAGAGGGCUGCGCUUUCAUUUGGAGGGCAGCCCUGUGCUAUUCUUAAAACUCAUCUCUGUGGUGCGGUGUUGAGGGAGAGACCUCUGUUCUGCCUCUGCUUCUUAUCUUCUGCCCGUAUAGCUUUGUCUUGGUAAUGUGGUUUUAGUUGUUGUUUCCACUGAGUCCGUGUGAUCGUGUAUUUAGUGCGUGAAAAGUUUUUGUUUUUUGUGUGGACGUCUGCCAUCAGUCAGCCAUGAGCUCCAGCCUUGUCAACUCUUUAGCCAAAGUCUAUGACCCAAACCCUCUUCACGGUCAGAAGCCUGCUGGAAGGAAGCUCUCCCUCAAUGGAUCAGACAGGUCCCAAGCUUCAUCAUCAUCAGCUUCCUCCCCUCACGAUGCCGCCUUGCGCUGCGUGGAGAGCCGAAUGGACUCCCUGAGCUCCCAGAUGGAGCGCUUGCUCAAUAUGCAGCAGACCGUCCUGACCCGGCUGGAUGGCUUGUCCCAGGACAUCCGGGGUUUGGGCCGUGACCUGGACUCUGUGCGUGACGACGGGGGGAGGCGCGGGUCGGCGGCCGAUAUGUGCAGGGAGCUGAGUGGGGCCGUGCAGAAGGCCAACGAGCGAGUGGACAGUCAGGGACGCAGGCUGGAGGGGGUGGAGAAGCUGGUGGAGGGCACCCAGCAGGUGAUCAGCUUCAUUGGGGAGGUGGUGAAGAGCUCCAGGCUGGUGGAGCUGCUGUUCAAACAGCCUGGAAACAAGGUGAACAAGAAGACGAAGGAUGACAGAGACAAAGCCAAACCGAGCCUGAAGGGCCUGAAGGCCCAGAAGAAGAGGAGGCCUCAGGACACAUCAGAUGCGUCCUUGCUGAAUGAACCUGAGCUGCAGGGACAGGUGGAGCAGCUCAACAGGCAGAACGCAGAGCAUUCCCAUGGAAAAUCUGAGGCGGACAAUCAGAGGGGGGAGGACAGGGGAGGUGGAGGAGGAGGACAGCAGCCGGAGCCAGCAGCAGAGCUGAUCCUGGACAGACCACACACCCCGGCCCCCCAGACAGAAGACAGGAAGAAGACAACUAAGGAGGAGGAGGCGGAGGAAGAGGAGGAGCAGGUGGAGGAGGACAUCUUUGAAGACUCCGAGUCAGAGGAACAGGAAAAGGCAGGAGAUGUGAGUCCGCCACAGGCUGGGAAAGUGGAGGAUGAUGGGAAGAAAAAGCACGAGGGAGAAGCAGAAAAGUUUUCUCAAACAGCCCCGAGUCUCAUCGCCGACAUCUGCAAGACGUCUCUGCUUCCACAGGAAAGCUCUGAGGAGGUCGGCGACGUGGCCACGUGCAGCAAACGUCGCGGCACAGAAGAAGACCUGGUGAAGGACGACCUGAAGAAGAGCAGAGUGGAAGGCGAAGCGGACGCGGCUGAUGGACAGGCGGCGGAGGGCGCCUCCAAAUCAGACGACGCAAAGACAGAGGAAGAGGAGGAAGUGAAGGAGUUUAUCAUUGACUCAAGCCCUCCGCCGUUAGCACCUUUUGACCACCGCAUCGUGACUCCCAAACCCCAUCAGAUAGCCACCUAUUACACCAUCAACAGAGACGAGGUCCUGGGAGGGGGACGUUUUGGACAAGUGCACAAGUGCAUGGAGAACUCGUCUGGGCUGACGCUGGCUGCCAAGAUCAUCAAAGCCAGGAGCCAGAAAGAGAAGGAGGUGGUGAGGAAUGAGAUUCAGGUGAUGAACCAGCUGAACCACGCCAACCUCAUCCAGCUGUACGCCGCCUUUGAGUCGCGCCAUGACAUCAUCCUGGUCAUGGAGUAUGUGGAGGGAGGCGAGCUGUUUGACCGCAUCAUCGACGAGAACUACAACCUGACGGAGCUGGACACGGUGCUGUUCAUACGUCAGAUCUGUGAGGGCCUGCAGUACAUGCACAAGAUGUACAUCCUGCAUCUGGACCUCAAGCCAGAGAACAUUCUUUGUGUCAGCAGAGCUACUAACAAGAUUAAAAUCAUCGACUUCGGCCUGGCCAGGAGGUAUAAACCCAGGGAGAAGCUCAGGGUCAACUUUGGAACGCCUGAAUUUUUAGCCCCGGAAGUCAUCAACUACGAGUUUGUGUCAUUCCCCACAGACCUGUGGAGCCUCGGCGUCAUCACUUACAUGCUGCUCAGCGGCUUGUCUCCGUUUCUGGGCGACGACGACAACGAGACGCUGAACAACAUCCUGGCCUGUCAGUGGAACUUUGAGGAGGAGGAGUUCACGGACAUCUCUGACGAGGCCAAAGACUUCAUCACCCGUCUGCUGGUGAAGAGCAAGAGCUGGAGGAUGAGCGCCGCCGAGGCCCUCAGACACCCCUGGCUGUCCGACCGCAGUCUGCACUACCGGCUAAAUCAGAAGAGAAAGACUGUGAGGCCCUCAGCAUGUCUUUUGACAAUAUGGGGGCCCUGGAGCCCAACACUGGACCAAUGCUGCUGUACCCGUAUGGCUAUUGGAUUAACUACUCUCUGCUUCGCGCCCUCAUGUCAGCUCCACGGCUUCGGACCCCAAUGGCUUCCGUUACUGUCCUGCAGGAAGCUGAGCCGGUGAGGAGCUUCUCGCUCUGUGCUGCAGCUGCCAAGGUGAAAGAGCCACCUGUGUCACAGCUUAGACAUUAGACACCGAAAGCCUUCAACGGCGUCCGCGUGUGUCACUCAAGGAGAAAACCAGCAGCGUGGCGUCAGAUGGACGUCGAUCUGUUUGUCAUGUUGUCCUCCAUCGUGUUUCUUGCAUGCUCUGCACUUUUCGUCCUGUUUCUGCAACAUUUAGCCAACAACUUUAAACUAAAUGUAGACUGAAUGCUAUUAUUUAAUUAAUGUAUUUUAUGAAUACAGAUUUUUUCUUUCUUUCUUUUAAUUUACAAGUCUUAUAGAAAUGUUAUUCUCUCUCUCGAGCGUGAGGUGAAAAGACACUUGGCUGAAGUCACAGCACAAUGCGGACUCUCAUCCCCCUUCAAAGUGAGAAUAUCUCAGUGACAGACUUCUUCCCGCCCACACGAUUGGUUCAUUUUCUUGGUUGACAGGAUUUCCUUCGCCACGCGUUCAUGCCACUCGCUUGCUUUUGCUUCGGCAGUUUGGAGUAGCCCUCUCACCUUCCAUGAAGGCAAAACGAACAACAGAAAACUACCUAGGAGUGAUUCAUGUUUAUGACUGAAGUGGAUCCUUAUGUUCAUUCAUUUACUGGUUCAACACCAGACUGUACUUGAAGUGCAAAGCUUUUAAUGUAAGAUGUUUUCAGGGGAGACGAACCUGCUGUGUGAACGCACAGUCCGGCUCGAUGGAGGAGCCGACAGCACAGCAGAGGAAACGCCAGCCGGCGCUUUGUUGUCCCGAUUCGGCCUCAGCGAUGGAGCUGAAUGAGCGUUUGUCUCUCAGCUGUUG